CUGGUGCAUUUGGAAGGGUGACUUUGGGCCUGUGAUCCUGCAGGGAUGUUUCUGUGAGAACGGACUGGUGUGACCUUGUAGGUGGUGUUUUUUAAGGUGAAGGCUAAUGUUGUUUUUGAAAACAUAAACUGACUGAACUCUCGCCAUGGUUAAAACGGAGAUAAGGGGAAAGUGAAAUAAUUGGGGCAAGAGGCAGGUGUGUGAUUAAGAGAAAGAAGAGAAAAUUCCAUCCGAUUAGAUCAUUGUUUUAGAACUGUAUAAAAGCAUGGGCCAUGACUAUGUAAAUCAGAUUCCCUGCAGACCAUCUCGGCUUUGUUGUUUGAUUCAAUAAAGUCUAUAGAUUUUUGGCAUCCAGAACCACUUGUCUUUGUAACUCAUUUUUCUUAUUCUGAUUUGCAGAAGUAUUUGCGAUGACACUUCCUACCUGGAAGGUUGGUCAUAUCAGGUGACAUGGAGGGGAUCCACAUCUGCUCUAUGCAGACUCUCCACUGGUGUCCCAUAAGGCUCAGUACUUGGUCCUCUUCUGUUCUCCAACGACAGUCGAUCUCUUGGUCAGGUCAUAUCCUCACAUGGGUUUUCUUACCACUGCUAUGCGGAUGACACUCAACUCAUCCUCUCCUUCCCUCCCUCAGACACUCAUGUUUCCGCUCAGAUCUCUGCAUGUCUGGCAGACAUCUCAUCAUGAAAGGCAGUUCAUCAGCUGAAACUUGAUCCCAGCAAAACUGAACUACUGUUCAUCCCAGGUGAUUCAUCCCCAUCUCAGGAUCUUGUGAUUUCCCUGGACAACUCUCUGAUCUUAACAUUGCUUACUGGAUGCAACCUUCGGUUAACCAUGGACAAUCAACUGUCCUUUUCCUCUCUCAUUGCUAAUUUUACAUGCUCAUGUUGAUUUCUCCACACAGGCCACUCAGAUGCUUGGUCAGUCCUUUGUCAUUUCGAGACUGGACUACUGCAACUCGCUCCUGGCAAGUCUGCCUCUGAGCACCAUUCAACCUCUGCAACUGAUCCAAAAUGCAGCUGUGCGACUUGUUUUCAACCUUCCUAAGUUCUCCCACCCCACUCCAGUACUACGCUCCCUCCACUGCCUUCUUGUAGCUGCCCACUUUUUUUGUAGUUGUCAAAAAGCCAAAGCCAAAAACGGACCAGCACCCACUUACCUCAAAGCACUUAUCACACCCGCACCCCACCACGCUUCCUCCGAUCCUCCAGCACUGCUCGACUGGUCCCACCAUCUCUCGGGGUACAAAAUUGCGAUGGCCAGUGAGCACAGCAGAGAGCCAGCUGGGCUGGAUGGACUACCAGAGCUGUACAGCAUUCUACGUGGAGAGGUGGCUUCUAUUACAGCAUAUGGUGCUUUUGUUAAGAUUCCAGGAUACAGAAAACAAGGUCUAGUUCAUAAGAAUGACAUGUCUGCCUCCCGGGUUGACAAUCCUGCUGAAAUUGUCGAUGUUGGAGAGCAAGUGUGGAUUAAAGUCAUAGGCAGAGAGAUUAAUGAUGAAAAAAUCAAGCUAGCUUUUUCUAUGAAAGCUGUUAAUCAAGGCACAGGGCGGGACCUGGAUCCCAACAAUGUGAUGGCUGAGCAGGAUGCACGCAGGCGUAGGCAGUUCCGGGAUCACACAAGUCAGAAAAUCACUCUAGAAGCUGUGCUCAAUACCACCUGUAAGAAGUGUGGGUGCACAGGUCACUUUGCAAAAGACUGUUUCUCACAGCCAGGGGAGAAAAAGUAUAGUUUGGUGCCAGAAGAGGAGGAGGAACCAGCCAGCCAGACUGUCCAAUCAGAGCCUCAGAAAAGAAAGAAGGAAAAGAAAGCCAAGAAAGAGAAGAAAAAGAAAGAGAGAAAGCGAGAGAGCUCAUCUUCAGACAGCAGUGAUAAUGCCAAAAGAGCGAGACACUCCCAUUCACAUUCAGAAAAGAAGAAAAAGCACAAGAAACAUAAGCACAAGACACACAAAUAAGCUCUGGACAUCAGGUCAUGGAGUUCACAUGUUCAGCUGCAUAAGUCAUUUGUGUGUGUGUGUGUGCGUGCACGCGCAUCUGUGUGUUUACAAAGGACUUUCAGUCUCAUACAAGUACAAGCCUGCACUGAUCUUAGACCAGUCAGCUUUCCUGCUCGUGUCUGAAGGCUGUUCAUUUUAUAAAAAAUUAUGAAUUGGGGGGGGAAAAAAAACAUUGGUGGAGAAAUAAAAGUGCUGAAGUGAAAACUCAACAUACAGAAUUGUCUAAAUAUUUCACAAAAAGUCAGUUAUUUGUUGCAGUUUUGAAAAGUGGUGGUAAAGUCCAUGACUGGAGUGGUUGGGACAUGGAGGUGAAAGGGCAGGGGUCAUUCCUGCAUGACCUCCUUACCCACUGAACAGAAGCCAGGCAUCAGCUCAAAUUAGAAAACACGUGACAUGGAUAUGGGAACAAGCUUAAAUUAGAUGUACAGGACACAGUCCCAGCAACCAUGCAGUCACCUAGCAGACCAACCCAGGGGCCUUGGAUCUGCUGCUGGAAAUAUUACCAGGUAUAAAUAGGCUGCGUGAUGGAUUUGUGAUGGCACGGUGAUGCAGAGCCUCAAUAUUUACCACUUUAAUGUGAGGAAUUUAAUGAUGAGACCAUGUGCUCACAAUAGAUUACAUCAGGAAAAAAAAAAACAACAAAGUAGCCAUGUUUUUGGGGAUGUAAGCUG